CUCUAUUUAGCCACGGAUGUACGUAUUUGCGAUGUCAUUCAAAGGGGAUCAAUUGUCCUUUAUACCACUGCACAUAAGGAAUUUAUGUUCUUAGCACUCAUGCUACUGGAUUCAUGUGGCUCUUUAGUCAAAUUCCAUCAAGCUCUAAUAUCCUAACAUUUAAAACUUGGAAUUUUUUGUUUCCACGUGUCAUCACUACACUUAUUCUCAUCAUUUUAAUUCAAAUUUUCGGGUCCGUACAAGGUAGUCAAAUAUGUAAGCCACCUGAUAGUCCUAACUUACCGGAACGUAAAUAUAAGCUCCAGGAGCUUCAUUCAGCUUUUCAACAUGUUUCUGCAAAAUCAAAUUUAAUCAAUGAAAAACGUCUUAAGCAGUCUCGUCUACAACCAAAAGGUUCUAAUGCUCGAUAUAUCACAAAUGUGCAUUUAGGAGUACAACUUGGACCAUUGGGACCAGAUAAUUUUGCUCAGGUUCUUCCCGCAAUCGAUCUGGCUCUCGAAGAUAUACAAGCAUUUCCUGCUUUUGGAGGUGUUAGUUUUACUACAGUGCUUAUAUUAUACAUUGAUGCCCUUGCAUGUGAUGCACUUGCCUUGCUAACGCAACUAAAUUCGAAUGGAGUGAAUGUUAUUUUCGGCCCUCUAAAUGAUUUUACGCUGGCUAACGCUGCAAGAUUCAGUACCGCUAUGUACGAUGUCCCUAUUGUAGCUCCUGCUGGUUUCGCGCAUCAGCUUAGUGAUAAACUUGAAUACGGAAUGCUUACACGUGUCUUAUUUACUUAUUCUGAUUUAGAAUGGGUUUUUGGCAACACAUUAAAACACUAUGGGUGGUUACCAGAUCAACAAACACCCAUAGCGAUAGUCACAACUAGAAAUGUUAGACGUCGAGAAGGUGUGGUUGGGCAUACAGGAAUGGCUGGUGUUUUUCAGCAUUUGAUACUACAGAAGUUCUUAGUUAAAGCUGCAUAUAAACUUUUAUCAGUCACCUUGGAUGAUGAAUUUGAUUUAACAGAUCGCUUUCUGAAACGUCUUCCUGAUUCCGCUCGAAUUAUAAUUUUAUGCACAGAUCCAGAAGUUGUACGGGAUAUUAUGUUGGAAGCACAUAAAUUGAAUAUGGUCAAUGGAGAUUAUGCAUUUUUCAAUAUGGAUCUUUUAAGCAGUCAAACAAAAUUGAAAAGACCAUGGUAUAAGGAAACAUCAAGUGCAGAAGAAAAUGAAAGAGCACGUCAAGCUUAUCGUGCACUUAUGACUGUGACACUUUUGAAACCUGACAGUCCUGAAUAUAGAACAUUUACAGAAGAAGUAAGAGCAAGAGCUUUACGUGAUUAUGACUUUAGUUAUCGAGAUUCUGAGGUAACACCAUUUAUUGGAACAUUUCAUGAUGCUGUUAAACUGUACGCUUUAGCUUUAAAUGAUGCUUUAGCUAAAGGUGGAAAAAUCACAAAUGGUACAUUAAUCACACAAGAAAUGUGGAAUAGAACAUUUAAAGGCGUUACUGGUGUUGUACGUAUUGAUGCCAAUGGUGAUCGUAACGCUGAUUAUUCUUUAUUAGAUAUGAAUCCUGUAACUGGUGAUUUUGAAGUUGUUGUAAAUUAUUUUGGUAAUGAUAAAUCUUUAUCAGUUGUGCCCGGUAGAACAAUUGAUUGGAUUAAUGCUGAUAAUCAACCUCCAUUGCAUACUCCACCUUGUGGCUUCGAUGGUUCCGAAUGUCAUAAUACUCAUUUUAUUCAUAUUGGAAUUAUUGGAGCAGUUGUAUUCAUUGUAUUAAUGAUAAUGUCUUUAGUCUUAGGAGUAAUAUUCUAUCGACGUGCUAAAUUUCAAGCGGAACUACGUGCUAUGAACUGGAUUAUUCCAUGGGAUGCAUUACAAGUAACAGAGAAACAUUUACGACGUUAUCGACGUGAAAGUGAUAUUCGUUCACCAAAUGAAUCAUCCGAUCCAUUAAGAAAAAUAUCAUCAGAAACAUGUACUGUAGCAGCAAAUAAAUCUUUACUCACUUGUGGUGAUACAAUAAACAAUGAAAAUCUAGCACAAUUUUCAAAUACAGUUGAAUUUUGUACAACAGUUGAUGAAAUUUCUCCAGAGAAACCAAAUCGUAAAAUUUCAUUUAGUAAUCUUAUUUUAUCUGCAAUCAAUUCUUCUGGAAGUAAUACUACUGGUAGUGGUACUAAUUUACCAGUUGAAAAGAAGCGUCGUAAAACAUCAACUUCUGGAAGAUUUUUAGCUCGUUUCGCUGGUGAUCCGAUAACAUUACCACCGACAGUAUUUGAAGAGUCCGCUUCGCAAACUACACCACUACCUAAUUAUCUUGGUUAUACACCAGCACAAGGGUUUAAUACAACUAAACGUCAACAUCGAUUAUCUAGGCGAAGUAAAACAAAUGAGGAAAAUCAAGCAAUCGAUGUUAAUAGUCCAACAAAUGGACAAAAUAGUAAAGGAAUGCCAGAAUGGACUUAUUUUAAACAUCCAUCUUUUGAUUAUUCUUUUACUAAUAAACAAAAUAAAUAUCGAAAGAAACACGAUAGUGUUGGGAUGGAUUCUGAUCCAUUGAUGGAAUUCGAUUUUUUCAAAAAGAAAAAGCAUUCACAAGGUUCUCAAUCAAGUUUAGGCUCAUUGGAUACAAUCUCUGGUAUACAAUUGGAUAAAUUAGCUAAUUCACAAAUGUUUGCACGUACAGCAUUCUACAUGAAAAGUAUUGUUGCAUUGAAACCAUUACGUAGACAAACACGAAUUGAACCAUCUAAAGCUUUAUCGAUUGAAGUUAAAAAAGUUAAAGAUUUAAAUUGUGAUCAUAUUUGUCGAUUAAUUGGUGUAUGCUUAGAAGUACCACAUCAAUGUAUUGUUUAUGAAUAUUGUCCAAAAGGAAGUUUACAAGAUGUUUUAGAAAAUGAACAAAUCAAAUUAGAUUGGAUGUUUAAAUUUUCUUUAAUGCAAGAUAUUUGUCGAGGUGUUAUGUAUUUACAUCAAAUAUUUGGUCCACAUGGUAAUUUGAAAAGUUCCAAUUGUUUAGUGGAUUCACGUUUUGUAUUAAAAAUCACUGAUUUCGGUCUACCACAUAUACGUGGUCCACCACCAUUAGAAUCAGAAGUUGGCAGUUUUAUCUUUUAUCGAAAUUUAUUAUGGACAGCACCAGAAUUAUUGCCUAACAGUGAUACAACUCUUUAUCCACGCGAAUCAAUAAAGGGCGAUGUUUAUAGCUUUGCGAUUGUAUGUCAAGAAAUAGUAUAUCGCAAAGGUGUAUUUUAUAGACAGAAUUUUAAAAAUUGUGAACCAGAUUAUAUUGUGAAAGAAGUGAAAGCACAUCGGAAACCACCAUUUCGACCUACGUUAGAUUCAUUAGAAGGUUGUUCUGAAGAUUUAGUUCAAUUAAUCUGUCAAGCAUGGGAUGAUGAUCCAAGUGUACGACCAGAUUUUCAAUCAAUUAAAUUAUCUAUGAGAAAAUUAAACAAAGCAGGAGAUAGUAAUAAUGUUUUGGAUAAUUUACUUUCUCGUAUGGAACAAUAUGCAAAUAAUUUAGAAGAAUUAGUUGAACAACGUACAGCUCAGUAUUUAGAAGAGAAAAAGAAAACAGAAGAUUUAUUAUAUUCAAUGUUACCAAGAUCUGUAGCUAAACAAUUAUUCCGUAAUCAACCGGUAACUGCAGAAAGUUUUGAAAUGGUCACUAUCUAUUUUAGUGAUAUUGUUGGAUUCACAUCACUUUCAGCGGAAUCUACACCAAUGCAGGUUGUAGAAUUAUUAAAUCGAUUAUAUACAUUAUUCGAUGGAAUCAUUGAAAAUUUCGAUGCAUAUAAAGUUGAAACAAUUGGUGAUGCAUAUAUGGUUGCUUCUGGUUUACCACAACGUAAUGGUAAUAAACAUGCACGUGAAGUAGCUCGUAUGUCUAUUGCAUUUUUAAAAGCAAUUUUUGAAUUUCAAAUUCCUCAUCGACCUGAAAAACGUUUAGAAUUAAGAAUUGGUAUACAUUCAGGUCCAGUAUGUGCUGGAGUUGUUGGACAGAAAAUGCCACGUUAUUGUCUUUUUGGUGAUACAGUCAAUACUUCUUCAAGAAUGGAAAGUAAUGGUUUGCCUUUAAAAAUUCAUAUCAGUCAACAAACAUUUGAUGUAUUGAAAACAUUCAAAUCAUUUAUUAUGACUGAACGUGGUUUAGUUGAAAUGAAAGGUAAAGGUCGUCAAAAAACUUAUUGGUUACAUGGUGAAGAUUGUUAUAUUGUUGAUCCUAUUCCACCCGGUGCACAAAUAGUUGGUGGAACUUAUGAAGGUGUAACAGGACCAAUUCCUGCCGGUGCAUUAACACAUAAAGGAAAUGUUAAUUUUAAUCAAUCACCAGAACAUGUAUGUAAUAAUACACAAUUGAUAACUUCUCAUCCACCUACAUCUAUUCAUCUUAUUCAAGAUAAUAAUAAAGAAACUAAUAUUGUUGAUAAUUCAAUUCGACGUAAAUCGUAUAGUUCACCUGCAUCGCCAACAUUUAUUUCACAAUCUCUAUUAGGUAGUAGUAAUAAAAUCAUUAAUGAUAAUACUAACAAUAAUGCUAUUGUAGCUGACAGUGACGAUCAUCAUCAUCAUCAUCAGCAGGAGCAGCAUCAGUAUCAUCCUCAACAACAUCUACUACAACAAUCUAAAUCUGCUGUUGGAUCCAAUGAAAAAGUUUCAGUGAAGAUUACCGACCCUUGUUAUCCGAGUAAUGAUAAUAAUACUAAUACCACUACAACUACUACUAUUACUACUACUACUACUGCCAAUAAUAAUAGUAAUAAUAAUAAUAAUAAUAAUAAUAAUGCUGAUAGUGAAUUAACCAAUUCAAAUAAACGACGAGUUGCUGUUUGUUUAUUAAAUGAAAAUCAAGUAAUUUACAAUGUACCAGGUAGUAGUAGUUACAGUAGUGGUAGUAAUCUUGAUAAUAAUUCACAACAGAUUAAUGAAAAAGUUUAAAUUGAACAAAAUGAAUAAAAUUCAUCAAAUUAUUCAUUGAAAAAAUGAUUUCAUAUUUCAAUAUCUACUACAGAUACAUAAUAU